AUGCCGAAUAAAACGAAAAAGGACAAGGAUUUGUCUAAAUCUGGCAAAGUGGGCAAGACUGGAGGAGGACAGGAGAAUUCACAACAUGAGCAGGGCUCCAACAGGAAGACCAGCAACAGCAUCCCGCCGACCACCCAGCUGCUCAAGGGCAAGCAGCCGGGAUCGCAGACACCCGUUAAAAAGGACAAGCGGCAGAGUUCUUCUCGCUUUAGCUUGAGCAACAACCGGGAGCUGCAAAAGUUGCCUGCCUUCAAAGAUGUGCCCCCCACUGAGCAAGAAAAGCUCUUCAUCCAGAAGCUUCGGCAGUGCUGCGUCCUUUUUGACUUUGUGUCGGACCCGUUGAGCGACCUGAAAUGGAAAGAGGUGAAGCGGGCAGCACUGAGCGAGAUGGUGGAGUACAUAACUCAUAACAGGAACGUGAUCACUGAGCCCAUCUACCCCGAAGUGGUCCACGUGUUUUCCGUGAAUAUGUUCAGGACAUUGCCGCCAUCAUCUAAUCCAACUGGCGCAGAGUUUGACCCCGAGGAAGACGAGCCCACACUUGAGGCUGCUUGGCCACAUCUUCAGCUUGUCUAUGAAUUCUUUCUGCGCUUCUUGGAGUCGACUGACUUUCAACCAAACAUAGCCAAAAAGUACAUUGACCAGAAGUUUGUAAUGCAGCUCCUAGAACUGUUUGACAGUGAAGACCCCAGGGAAAGAGACUUUUUAAAGACUACACUGCAUCGCAUCUAUGGCAAGUUCCUGGGGCUGCGAGCGUACAUUAGGAAACAAAUAAAUAACAUAUUUUAUAGAUUCAUAUAUGAAACUGAACACCAUAAUGGAAUUGCUGAACUAUUGGAAAUAUUAGGCAGUAUAAUCAAUGGAUUUGCGUUACCGUUGAAAGAAGAACACAAAAUAUUCUUGUUGAAAGUUCUCUUGCCGUUACACAAAGUUAAAUCAUUGAGCGUUUACCACCCGCAGCUGGCCUACUGUGUGGUACAGUUUUUAGAAAAGGACAGCACACUUACAGAACCGACUGUAAUGGCUCUGUUGAAAUACUGGCCGAAGACACACAGCCCUAAAGAGGUGAUGUUCCUCAAUGAGCUGGAGGAGAUCCUGGAUGUCAUUGAACCCUCAGAGUUCGUCAAAGUUAUGGAGCCACUCUUCAGGCAACUUGCCAAAUGCGUCUCAAGUCCACAUUUUCAGGUAGCUGAGCGAGCACUGUACUACUGGAACAACGAGUACAUCAUGAGCCUGAUCAGCGACAAUGCUGCCAAGAUUCUGCCCAUUAUGUUCCCUGCACUCUACCGGAACUCCAAGACCCACUGGAACAAAACCAUCCAUGGUUUGAUUUACAAUGCAUUGAAGCUUUUCAUGGAGAUGAACCAAAAGCUGUUUGAUGACUGUACGCAGCAGUUCAGGGCGGAGAAAAGCAAAGAGAAAGCUAAAUGGAAGGAGCGAGAAGAAGCCUGGAUCAAGAUUGAGAAUCUAGCCAAGUCUAACCCCCAGUUUCUGACAUACACUGAACCCAUUGGUCCUCUUGGGCCGACGGACAUGGAGACCGAUGGGCCGUUACUAGAUGAUGUUCGCCUGCUGAAGAAAACGGUGACUGAGGAGGCCACACAGCUACAGAAAGACCACCGACGAGAGCGGCCGCUGAUGCGGAGGAAAUCAGAACUCCCCAAAGACAUCUCCACCGUCACAGCCCUGGAACUGCACCGGAGAGCCGAGGAGAUGUUAACCACGCACGAUGGCCACUAA